AUGGCGUGCUUCGCAAAGCUCUUCGGCCGAAAGCAAGGCUCGUUUAACUUGCCCGUCCCGGGGACCGGCGAUGGCGACGUGGUGGGUACACGUGUCACACGGCGGCUUAUCGACGAAGAGCUCCCACAAUCGGUGCCGCCAAUGGUUAACCGCUCCAAUGGCUAUAUAGGACCUGAAAAGACCCAACCACCACCGGUGACCUCCACCGUAAUGGUCAAAUCAAAUGAACGUGAGUCGGGGCUGGGAUCGUUGGAUGAGCCGCUCAAUAUUUCGAGCGUUGUGCCCGCGCAUGGUUCUAAUCCCGAGCCCGAUCCUUCCGGUUCGCCAGCAGCGAAAGAACCGUGGACCCCGCCAGCACCGAUUCCUACGAUCGUGGCUCCAGGACCGACGAUCGAGCGGAAAGCUUCAAAACCGCGUGAUUCAGCUGACGUAAAGAUCAGCUGUAGUUCGCGAGAAACAUCCACUGCGGAGCCACCCUUGGGGCCGGGUCGGGAGCGAAUGCUGAAGGACCUGCUACAGAACAAGAUCCUCCACAUGUUGGCGCUACAGUCGAAGGGAUACAAACAGCUGUCGAAGAGCGAGCGGGCCAUACUCAUCCAGUUGGAGAGCGAGAUACAGGAGCUGCAGGACAACUGCAAACCGCCGGAGUCGGCACCACCAAAACCACCCAGUGAGCCGACGGAAGUCCAGGGGCGUGCUGGUUCGCCCGAAAAGAAUCUCUCCCCGGUAAACGAACAGCGCGCUGAGGAUAGUAAACCUGCCGUGGAGCACCAGUUACGCGAUGACGGAGAGAUGUCCGAUUACGAUGUGAUCCCGGUACGGAAACCAAUUGAAGAUGUAGUACCCGAAGCGCCUAGUUCCGAGGACGAUCGGUCAUCGGUGUUGCCACCGGAUCUGCCACCUCGCGUGAGUAGACAGCAUGAUACCGAUGACACGUCGCAGGAUGAGGAACCAACGCCACCGAAGUUGCCCCCACCUAGAAGCCAGCUGGAGCAGAGCCUCGUGGACGAGAUCUUAAACCGGUCACUUCAGGAAUCGAUGCUCCGCCAGACGGCUAACCUGCGGGAAGAAGAAAAGGAAAUUCCACUGCCAACAGCACCACCACCAGCCAGGGAACCUCCACCGGUUCCUGCGCCCGAAGAGCAAGAUCCACCCGCGGAUGAUGUCCCAGAGUUGAUGCCACCUCAACCCCUCAACAAGGAGAUGCUCCUGCGUAAGAUCUCCUCCCAGCGGUCGAUCAUCGAGGAGCUGGACAGCCGGACGGUGACGCAGAAAAAGACACGCAAACAGGGUGUCGUGUCGGACAAAACCGACCUGAAGGAGUCGAAGGACAUCGUCAUCCCGACGCACCCGAAAAGCGCUGACACGGAGCGACUGAUCAAGACGGCGAUCGGGGCGAACGAUUUCCUCAACAACAUGAUGGACGAGGAGCGGUUGCAGGCGGUAACGGCGGCCAUGAGCUCGAUGUCCUUCCCACCCAACAGCUACAUCAUCAAGGAGGGUGACAUUGGGGCGCACUUCUUCGUGUCGGAAGAGGGCACCUACGAGGUGGUGGUCGACAACAAGGUGAUCAAAUCGUUCGGCCGAGGUGUGGUGUUUGGUGAGCUGGCCAUCCUUUACAAGGCCAAACGGUUCGCUUCGAUCCGUGUCACGAGUGGGGCACGUGUGUGGUUGCUCGAGCGGAAGGUUUUCCAGAAGAUUAUGAUGAAAAGUGGCCGGAAGGAGCGCGAGGAGAACGUCCGGUUCCUUAGUACCGUGUCCGUGCUGAAGGACCUCGAGAUUGAGAAGCUGCACAAGAUCUCUGAUCUGUUGAAGCGGGAAUUCUACGCCACCGGGUCAACCAUCAUCCAGCAGGGUGAUCCAGGUGACAAGUUCUACAUCAUUCGCGGAGGCAGCGUGAACGUGAUCAAAACCGACAAGAAGGGCAACGAUCGCCUUGUCGGGACGUUGCAGCGUGGGGCGUAUUUUGGCGAACAGGCCCUUCUCCACGAGGACCGCCGGUUAGCAAGCAUCAUCGCAAACCCACCCGGAACUGAGUGUCUCACUCUAAAUCGAAUUGCAUUCAACGAGUUCCUUGGGGGCUUGGAAACCCUACGCGAGGUGCAGCUCUCCGACACGAUACCACGCAGCUCGACGAUGACAAAUAUUGUCUCAGAGUACGACCAUAUCCAGUUGCACGAUCUGACCUACAUCGGGACGCUCGGUAUCGGUGGGUUUGGCCGGGUGGAACUGGUGCAGUACAAAAGCCAGCAAACGUUCGCACUGAAGUAUCUGAAAAAGAUCGAAAUGGUGCGCCAGCAGCAGCAGGAGCACGCCUACAGCGAGAAGGACAUCAUGCUGAGCUGCAACAGCCCGUUCAUCGUACGGCUGUACAAGACGUACCGAGAUAAAAAGUAUCUGUACUUCCUGAUGGAGGCUUGUCUAGGUGGAGACGUCUGGACAGUGUUGCAGAAGAGCAAGUUUUUCGAUGAACGUACGGCUCGCUUCAUCACAGGGUGUGUCGUCGAGGCGUUCGCGUAUCUACACACUCGGAACAUGAUUUACCGGGAUCUAAAACCUGAGAACUUGAUGUUGGACGAGAACGGUUACAUCAAGCUGGUCGAUUUCGGGUUUGCCAAGCGCAUUGGACCAAACCAGAAGACGUGGACAUUUGCCGGUACGCCCGAGUACGUGUCCCCGGAGAUCAUCCUCAACAAGGGCCACGAUCGGGCCGUCGAUUACUGGGCUCUUGGUGUGCUGAUCCACGAACUGCUGGUUGGGAAACCUCCAUUCCGCGGAAAGAACCACAUGAAGACGUACAAUGCUAUCCUGCGAGGAAUCGACAUCAUCGAGUUGCCAUCACGCGUCCCCAAAAAGGCACAAGUACUGAUCAAACGUCUUUGCCGUCAGACAGCAGCUGAGCGGCUCGGUUACGGCAAGAACGGCAUAGCUGACAUUAAAAAUCAUCCCUGGUUCGGAAACUUCGAGUGGCAGCGGCUGAAAGAACGCACGAUGCCAGCCCCACUCGUGCGCCCGAUCGAGUCCGACAGCGACCUGUCCAACUUCGACGAAUACCCCAAGGAUCAGGACGAACCGCCGGACGAAACGUCGGGAUGGGAUAUUAAUUUUUAAUGCACUCCCACUGCUCGCCCACAAAUGGCCCCCAAAUCGGACGGUUCGAAUUCAUUUUCCCCGUAAGCCAUCCGUAACGGAUCGUUAAUCAGUUGCGUGUUUUAUGCUUUCGAUUGCCGGUCCCGGCCGGCGGUUCUCGGCAAAGGCAAAAGAAUCAUGGAAGGUGGGAGCGAUUUUCCAUCAGCGUUUUCGCGGAAAACGUGAUAUUCUCGAUGCAGGGAAUUAACAAUAAAAUUGGAUCUUACGCGUGCACUCAUUGCUCGCU